AUGGUACCGAAAUCUGAACGUAGCGGUAUUGUGGUACCGAAUUGUUAAUUGUAUACGUUAAUACUUUUACGUUUUUUUGACCCAGUUACAAAUAAAAAAUAUAGUGAGAUGACUUUCCCAAUAUUAUAAAUUUAUAAUAAACUGUUAAUAUGUCUACCGAGACCACUAACAUCAUUAUACAGCUCGAGAGUGACAACUCGCAAAAGGCUCCUGAAGAUGAUAAUAAUGGAACGGAAAUUACCGAUAUACAACCCGAAUUUAUAAGUAUAAAAACAGAGGUGGAGGAAAUACCUAGUAUUCCCGAAGUCAGGAUAAAGCAAGAGCCUCAAUAUUAUAGCGAGGAACCAACCAGCCCUCCACCAGCACCAACAUGGCAUCGACCGAUAAAGACAGAACCAGCAGCCCAAGAGUCUCGCAAUGAGUUUAUUGUGAGCGUUAAAACUGAACCAGUGGAUCCAGACUGUAACUAUAUUGUUGAACCAGAGACAGUCCUAGUGGAGCAUCCAAUUUUUGAACCCAAUACGUCCAACUUUGUUUACCCAGUCACUCUGACCAGUCUACCAGAGCGUUACCUCAAAGAUAACUCGGAGGUGAAAUACAUGUGUCUCAUAUGUAACAAGAAUUUUGCCAGUAACGCCAACUUACAGCGCCAUCUACCUCUGCACACCAGAACAAAAUACACAUGUCACGUUUGCCAGAAAGAAUUUACUAAGAAAUUAUUAUUAGACAAGCAUGUUUCGGUACACUCAGGCGAGAAAUUAUAUGACUGCAACGAUUGCGGCAAAAAAUUUCGAACCUCAUCAAACUUGUUCCAGCAUAAACGAAUCCAUGCAAUCCACAAAGAAUUUGUAUGCGAGGUUUGUCACAGGGGUUUCGCGGUGAAAUCGAAUUUGUUAAAACAUCAAGGCAAAAGCCGGUGCAAACGGCCCAUAGACCAGCCUAUAGUGUGUCAUGUUUGCAAUAAAGUUUUCAAGAGGGAGUUCUUAUUGAAAAGUCAUCUACGUAGACACACAACCGACAAGCCUUUCUCCUGCGAAUUGUGCGACAUGAAUUUCAAAUACAAAAGUACAUUGAUCAGACAUAUUCAACUGCACAACGGCUUAAAACCGUAUGCAUGUAGUAUUUGUAAUAAAUCGUUCACCCAUCCCGGAUUAAUUAAGCCGCACAUGAGAAUACACACCGGGGAGAAACCUUACGAGUGUCCGGUCUGCAACAAAUUGUUCGCUCACAAACAUAAUAUGCAAAGGCACGCGUUGAGGCACAACAAAGUCAAGCAUUUAACCUGUGACGUCUGUAUGAAGAAGUUCCCGAAAGAAAGUAGACUAAAAUACCAUAUGAAAACGCAUACAAAUGAAAAACAUUUCUCUUGUAAUGUUUGUCCAAAGAAAUUUUCCCACAAACAGAAUGUAUUGAGGCAUUAUACUAGAAAACAUCCAAAUGCAACAUACGAAUGUAAAGAAACAGAUGCGAGUGUGGCGCUGAAAGUGUGGGAUGAGGUUUUGAAGAAAAAGAAAAUGUUGGCUGAGAAUAGUUAAAUCGUAUAGUAUCUAUUUUAAAUGCAUCAUUAUUGUGACAUUGUAAAUUAUUAUCUUUGACAUAGUAAAAUAUGUCGUUAUUGUUUACUUUAUUCAGUUGUUAUUUUGCAUAUAAUUCUUACUAGCGUAGAUAACAAUUUGUUUAACAAGGAACCGGCUUCAAUUGGGGGAAAAUAUUAUUUUUUUAUCAACAUUUAGACUUUUGCACUGUGUGUUUUAUAAGAGACGGGAAUUAACGUGAUAAUGGUUUCCAACUCCGCGACCUGUAACCUAGGAAUCCAAUAAAAUUCUCUUUUUGUAGUAUGCAGAAACUUAAUAUAGUGACACAAUUAGUGUGGAGAGGGUCGCUGAGAGGUUAGAAAAGAAUAUUUCUGCCUCGGAACCGGUAACUUUGUAAUAAUUUAGGCAAAUUAUAGUUUACCUAAAUGACCACAUUCAUUCCCAUAUAAAACAUAAAAGUAUUGUUUAUCGCUUUUACUUCAAUUAAUGUUUCGACUAUGUUGUAUUAACCGUGGGUGGUCACGAUUGAAGAAUAGAUUGAAGUAAAAACAAGUAAUGUAACGUUAAGUUAAUGUAGGUGGCAGGAGUUUUUUCAUCUACUGUCACUAGCUUGUCUAACGAAAUUUCGAUAUCUUUAACGGUAUUAAUUUUCAAUUAAAAGUGACUAUGCGAUCCACACAGGAUGACAUGUUUUGUUGUACAAAACAAAACAAUGCUGCAGGAUUGACGAAUUUAUCACGGAUGUUAUUUUUUACGUAUAUUACGUGGCAUAUCAUACACAAAAAGUCUAAGUGCUUACUUCCUUUUUGAAGUCGGUUGAAAUGUAAGUAAUGAAUGUGGUUCAUUUUUACUUUAUAUCAGUUUUUGUUUUACGUCGGUAGUUUAAAUUUCUAUAUUCUAUGUUAUUUAUUUUUGUAAUCUUUUGUAAUAUAGUUAAAAUAUUCCAAAUAAAAUUAUUUACUUAAUGUAA